GGGACUUCCGGUGAGUGUGGGCUUCCGGGGCCCGGCGGAAACCAGAAGUUCUGUUAGGUCUCGACGCGUCCGCCGCGAGGAAGAGAGGAGGUGGAGGUAGAAGCAGCAGCCGCAGAAGAAGCAGAAGCAGAAGUCGGAGAGUGCGGGCCCGGAUUCCGGCCCCGACGGACCCCGACCCAGCCCCGGUUCCGGCUCCAGCCCGAGCGCCCCCACCGCCGCCGCCAUGGCGAUGCAAGCGGCCAAACGCGCGAACAUCCGGCUCCCUCCCGAGGUGAACCGCAUCCUCUACAUCCGCAACCUGCCCUACAAGAUCACGGCCGAGGAGAUGUAUGACAUCUUCGGCAAGUACGGGCCCAUCCGUCAGAUCCGCGUCGGGAACACCCCGGAAACCCGCGGCACGGCCUACGUGGUCUACGAGGACAUCUUCGACGCCAAGAACGCCUGCGACCACCUGUCGGGCUUCAACGUGUGCAACCGCUACCUGGUGGUGCUCUACUACAACGCCAACAGGGCUUUCCAGAAGAUGGACACGAAGAAGAAGGAGGAGCAGCUGAAGCUGCUGAAGGAGAAAUACGGUAUCAACACAGACCCGCCCAAGUGAGGGGCUCCUUCCCUUUGGGGGGGGCCCCCAGGCUGCUUUAUCACGAACUUGAAGCCUCAGCCUCCCCAGCCCACGGGACCUAUUGGCUCCCUUUGGACGCAGUAGCCAGGUUGUAGCCGUCAGUGGGUCCUCGACUGGGCCCCAAGUCUGCAGAACCUUUGUCUCAGAGACUCCACUGGUCUUUCCUAAAGUUGUUUUUUGUGCCCAGGCUGAGGGCAUCGGGCCCUCUGCAGAACGAGGGUUGGCAAAUAAAGGCCCCGCCUCUGGUCUGUCACUUGUUCUCCGAUCUCUCCACCUGUGACCCACGCCCUGCCCUGGGCCUCCUCUUCUCCAGAUGGACCAGACUGGAAGCCAGGAGGACCCAGUCUCAGACACCUGCCCCAGGACACUAGAGCCUGAGUCAGUUUGCUCCUUUGUGAAAUGGGAAGAUGUCCUGGGAACGUUCCAGAUGCAGAGUUCCUAAUUCCACAUAUCCCCUCCACCCAGAGGUAUUUAGGGGGCAACAGAGAGCACCAAGUACUGGGCCUGGGGUCAGGAAGACCUGAGUUCCAGUCCAGCCUCAGAUGUUUCCUAGCGGUGCAACCUUGAGCGCAUCAAUGAACCUCUUCCUCCAUUUCCUCCUCUGUAAAAUGGGGACAAUGACAGUGCUUACCCCAAGGACUCUGGGGAAGAUCAGCCCCUUGUUUGAGUCCUGCAUUGUACACCCAUCCCCUCACACUGCCUAGCCAAUAAGCACUCAUUAAUAAAGAGGUCUGGCCCACCGA